AGUGUCAGUCCAGCAGAUGCUGCUUCUGGGCCUAGUCCUGCUGGCCGCCACCCCAAUUCGAGUUCAAGCGAAGCACACGCUGAAGCUGCAUAGCCUGGAGAAGCUGCACGAAGAUAACGACGAUCUGGAAAGCGUGUUGCGCAUAGCCGAGGACGAGGAGAACUUGGUCAAGGUCAGCGGCGAGCUGAAGCAGCACGUGACCAUCGACAACGAAUGGCAGAUCCACUUUCUUAUAUCCCGCGCCAAAGAGCGCGACGAGGAGUUCGAGGAAUUCUUAAACAUGCCUCGGCUCGGCGUCUGCGACGUUAUGAAGACCUAUUACAAGGAGUUCCUGUACGAGAAGCUGAAGGAGCACUCGAACGCCCCGCACCCGGACUCUUGUCCCCUGCCGCCGGAGCACUACCAUCUCAAAGACUAUCCCCUGGACGUGCAACAACUGAAGAAGAUUCUGGUGCCCGGCUACUAUCGUAUCGAGAGCAAGCUGCUAAAGGAGGACCACAUCAAGCUGUCUUAUCUGGCGGUUAUCCAAGUCGAGUGAAAACAAGUGCACUUUACCCGCAUUGAUUUUAUUUUGGAAUUAGUAAAAUUAUUCGUGGGACCGCA